AUGAGCGGGGGCCGCUUUGACUUUGAUGAUGGUGGAGCGUACUGUGGGGGCUGGGAAGGGGGGAAGGCACAUGGGCAUGGACUGUGCACUGGCCCCAAGGGACAGGGUGAAUACUCGGGCUCCUGGAAUUUUGGCUUUGAAGUGGCGGGCGUCUACACCUGGCCCAGUGGCAAUACCUUUGAGGGUUACUGGAGCCAGGGCAAACGGCAUGGGCUUGGCAUAGAGACCAAGGGGCGCUGGCUCUACAAGGGGGAGUGGACGCAUGGCUUCAAGGGGCGCUACGGAAUCCGGCAGAGCACAGGCAGUGGUGCCAAGUACGAGGGCACUUGGAACAAUGGUCUACAGGAUGGCUACGGCACUGAGACCUACGCAGAUGGAGGGACCUACCAAGGCCAGUUCACCAACGGCAUGCGGCAUGGCUACGGCGUGCGCCAAAGUGUGCCCUACGGGAUGGCGGUGGUGGUGCGCUCCCCGCUGCGCACGUCGCUGUCCUCCCUGCGCAGCGAGCACAGCAAUGGCACGGUGGCUCCGGACUCGCCGGCGGCGGACGGGCCCGCGCUGCCCUCGCCCCCGGUGCCGCGCGGUGGCUUCGCGCUCAGCCUGCUAGCCACCGCCGAGGCUGCGCGUCCCCAGGGGCUGUUCACACGCGGCGCGUUACUGGGUCGGCUGCGACGCUCCGAGUCGCGCACGUCGCUGGGCAGCCAGCGCAGCCGCUUGAGCUUCCUCAAGAGCGAGCUGAGCUCGGGCGCCAGCGACGCCGCGUCCACCGGCAGCUUGGCCGAGGGCGCCGAGGGCCCCGACGACGCGUCCGCGCCCUUCGACGCCGACAUCGAUGCCACCACCACCGAGACCUACAUGGGCGAGUGGAAGAACGACAGGCGCUCGGGCUUUGGCGUGAGCGAGCGCUCCAGCGGCUUGCGCUACGAGGGAGAGUGGCUGGACAACCUGCGCCACGGCUACGGCCGCACCACGUUGCCCGAUGGCCACCGUGAGGAGGGCAAGUACCGCCACAACGUGCUGGUCAAGGGCACCAAGCGCCGCGUGCUGCCGCUCAAGAGCAGCAAGGUCCGCCAGAAAGUGGAGCAUGGCGUCGAGGGCGCGCAGCGUGCAGCAGCCAUCGCUCGCCAGAAGGCUGAGAUCGCCGCCUCCAGGACAAGCCACGCCAAAGCCAAGGCUGAGGCAGCAGAACAGGCUGCUCUGGCUGCCAACCAGGAAUCCAACAUUGCCCGCACAUUGGCCAAGGAGCUGGCCCCAGACUUCUACCAGCCAGGUCCGGAGUAUCAGAAGCGUCGGUUGCUCCAGGAGAUCCUGGAGAACUCUGAGAGCCUGCUGGAGCCCCCGGAGCGGGGAGCGGGUGCUGGCCUCCCGGAGCGGCCCCGGGAGAGCCCGCAGCUGCACGAGCGUGAGACCCCGCAGCCCGAGGGCGGACCCCCAUCUCCGGCCGGGACGCCCCCACAACCCAAGAGGCCCCGACCCGGCUCGUCCAAGGACGGCCUGCUGAGUCCGGGCGUCUGGAACGGCGAGCCCGGCGGGGAGGGCAGCAGGCCCGCCACGCCAUCCGAUGGCGUCGGCCGUCGCAGCCCCGCGCGCCCACCCUCAGAGCACAUGGCCAUCGAGGCGCUGCAGCCGCCGCCCGCGCCCUCGAGGGAGCCGGAGGUGGCGAUGUACCGCGGCUACCACAGCUAUGCCGUGCGCACCGGGCCUCCCGAGCCCCCGCCCUUGGAGGACGAGCCCGAGCCCGAGGUCUCCGGAUCCAACUCGGCGCCCCCGUCCCCCGCCUCCGCCAACGCCCCGGAGGAGCAGCCCCCUGCGCGGCGAAGUCCGGUGCCCGCAUCGCCUGCUACUCUGGAGCCCAAGCCCAUCGUCCCUAAAGCCGAGCCCAAGGCCAAGGCGCGCAGGACGGAGGCUCGGGGGCUGAGCAAGGGCAAGAAGAAGGGUCGUAAGGAGGUGACGCUGGCAGCAGAGGCCGAGGUGGAGGUGGAGGAGGUACCCAACACUGUCCUCAUCUGUAUGGUGAUCCUGCUGAACAUUGGCCUGGCUAUCUUAUUUGUUCACCUCCUGACUUGACCCUCAUCUACCAGAGCCAGGAGUUGCACUGAGGAUGCCAGGACCUGUCUUUCUGCAAUCCCAAGCAGGUGUCCCAGGAGGACUGGACUGUGGACUGAAGCCUUGCUCCACCCACUCCAUGGAUGUUUAAGGAGGCCUCCCGUGAGCCCAUUUGGGAUGAGCCCGUUGGGUGCCAGGAUGGCCGAGGAAGAGCAUGUCUAGGUACCUUCCAGGGCAAAGGAUGCCCUGAGGGAAGAGCCCUGGCCGCCCCGAGCCCCUUGACCAGCUCCCCCAUCUAUUCUCGGCCCUACCUCACCUUGCUCUGUCACCCUUCCCUGGGCUUUUGUGUGUUUUGAGAGACGUCACCAAAGCAAGAUAUUAAUACAAAUCUCUUCCUCCUGCGCACCAUCAAUCUAGUACUCUGGUUGAUGGCUUGAGGCCACUCAGGAAGAUGAGGGGUGAAGAAGUCCCUUGGGUAGUGAAGGUGUGAAGACCCUGGGGUAGCACAGUCCUGCCCAGUCCAUGCUGCUCCAGAGUUCACAGAGUUCUGGAGGGCAGUGCAGAAAAUGGAGAAGCCCAGUUCAAUAUACCAGCAUGUAAUGGCCUGAAUCCUCCCAUCGGCCAGUCCAGUUGGCAUCCCUAGGACCGGUCGCAGGGGAGACCUGAGCAUCUGAGCUUUUGUCUGGGAAG